AUGGCAGAGGUAGAUGGCAAGCGAGCUGCUACAAGAAUCUUGUGUCGUCCAGAUCAAAGAGAUGCACUUCUGGAGUUCAAAAACGAGUUUGAGAUUGGCAAACCUUCUCCUUUCUGUACCAUUGCUCAUCCGAAGACAUUGUCAUGGGUGAAUAACAGUGAUUGUUGUUAUUGGGAUGGUAUCACGUGUGAUUCUAAAUCCGGGGAAGUUAUUAAGCUAGACCUAAGUUGCAGCAGCGUCCGUGGCCGGUUUCAUUCUGAUAGCAAGCUUUUAAAGUUACGAGAAGAAACAAGAGUAAAGCUACGGGAAACUCGCACGAACACACACCCGAAAGUGGCUCCAAGUGGCUUCGACGGAGGCGGCAGGCAACGGCUCCGGUACACCUCAGGAGGAGGACGCCGAGCAAAGAACCCUAGCUUCCUCGGCGUUAAGACAGAAUGUAGACCUGACAUUUCCUUGCUGAAAAUAAAGAACCAAUACAAGUCAAGCGCAGGCGGAACAACAUGCUCCUCAUUCGGCCACGCGACACAACAUAGCAUAAGAGACAUCAAGGGUAGGCACAGUGCUUCGCCGGAGCUAGGAAAUCGAGGAUUGAAGCACAGAAGGAGAUCAAAGAUCUUCUAUACAACAGGCGACACAACAGGAAAGCGAGGAUAUAUACCGUCAACUAGCAGAAGACACUGUCAAGGUGGGUCAUCCUCAGAACCCUAUGAAACAAUAUCAGGAAGCGAGAAUAUGGACCUCGAAGAAACACCGUUGGGACACCAGGCUGUCUUCGCUUGGACUACAAACAGAGGUCCUCUGAGGCGGAGAGCCUUGACACCGCCAUCUCUCCAAAACGGAGAGGAGAAGCUCUACAGAGACCUUCAAAAGCAAACCUCACGAAAUCACACGGGUACAAGCAACCGAGAAGGGAAAGACGAGGCAGCGACGCUAGACCAUCCAUUCCGGCGGGGCGAGACCUUUCCCGUAACAAAUUUGUUAGUAAAAUCCCAUCUUCACUUGGAAGUCUACUUCAUCUUACCUCUCUGGACCUCUCAAAUAAUAGUUUUUUUGGAGAAAUCCCAUUUUCAUUUGGAAAUCUUUCUAAUCUCAUUUCUCUUAACCUCUUUGAUAAUAACUUUGAGGGUAAACUUCCAUCUUCACUUGGAAAUCUUUCUUAUCUCAAGUUUCUUGACCUCUCUGUUAACAAUAUUGUUGGUGAAAUCCCAUCUUCGCUUGGAAAUCUUUCUCAUCUUUCUUUUUUCUACCUCCAUUUUAAUAAUUUUUCUGGUAAUAUUCCAUCUUCACUUGGAAAUAUUUCUCAUCUUACUUCUCUCACCCUCUCUUUUAACUAUUUUGUUGGUGAAAUCCCAUCCUCACUUGGAAAUCUUUCUUAUCUCAAAAAUCUCAUUCUUUCUCAUAACAGUUUUUUUGGUGAAAUUCCGCCUUCUUUUGGCAGGCUUGAGCCACUUGGCCUUCUUAGAUGUUGAGUCCAAUAACCUUAGUGGUAGCUUCCCUCUUGAACUACUAAAUCUGACAAAAUUGUCUAUUUUAUUCCUCUCCAACAAUCGGUUUUCAGGCAAUCUUCCUUCUUCUUUCAACAACACUCUUGAUUUUUCUAAUACAUCUCCGUCAUCUAAGCUACGAGAGUUAUACAUAGACAAUAACAACUUCAUAGGACCAAUACCCAUAACCAUUUUCCAAUCGGUCAGCCUCGUGAGAGUCCACCUUGGUAAUAAUCACCUCAGUGGAAAACUUUCUGAAAUAUUUUUCAAUGGCAGCAACCUAAGGUCCCUCCAUCUUGGUCAUAACCAAUUAGUGGGAAAACUUCCAAGAUCUUUGUCUAGCUGUUCUUCUUUGGAGGUUCUAAACUUAGAACACAACAGAAUUAAUGACACAUUUCAAUUUUGGUUGGAAUCCUUAAGAAAUCUACAAGUGCUGGUCCUCCACUCUAAUGAAUUCCAUGGGUUGUUACAAUAUCAUCCCAACGUUACUCCUUCGUUCUCUCAGUUGCGAAUAAUUGACAUAUCACAUAAUUCCUUCACUGGAACUUUACCGUCUAAUUUUUUCAUGUAUUGGAGCGCAAUUUUCUCAAAGGGAAACCAUUCAGAACUGAAUUACAUUGGAGAUCGUUCCUAUGAUCAAGACUCGUUGGCUUUGAUGAAUAAAGGACUAAAGAUGAAGUACAGAAGGAUUCUCACACUCUUAACGGCCAUUGAUAUUUCAGAAAAUAGGCUCCAAGGAAACAUACCUAAAUCCAUUGGCCAAGUGAAGAAUCUUAUUGUGCUCAAUCUGUCAAGCAAUGGUUUCAGUGGGCACAUUCCUUCAUCUUUGGCAAAUCUGACUACACUCGAGUCUCUAGACUUGUCCAAUAAUAAACUUUCAGGCCAAAUUCCACCUUCUCUUGGAGAUCUAACAAGCCUUUCAAACAUUACGGUUUCCCACAACCAGCUCGUUGGUCCGAUACCUCAAAGCACGCAGUUUCAGACUCAAGAUGCUUCAUCUUUUGAAGAUAACAUGGGACUUUGCGGUCGCCCUCUCAGUAUAACAUGCGGAGACAUAGACACAGAGAUAUCAGAAGAACCCGAAACAGAAGAAGAAAAAGAAGAAGAAGAAGAGAAAGCAGUAUUGAGCUGGACUGCAGCUGUCAUUGGCUUAGCACCUGGAGUCAUCUUUGGAUUGAUUAUUGGGACCUUUGUGACUUUACAAAAGCCUCAAUGGCUCAUGUAGAUAUCUGGUGGUAUGUUGAACCUCCAACCAACAAUUCUUUUUCUGCAAACCCUACAAAUGAAUUGUAACUGUUUCCCAUA